AUGAAAGCCAACUGGAAUUCCCUUAUCUCCAUCCCACUUUCUUGGACAUACACUCACUCCAUUGCCUCCCCAUGUAAUAAUGGGGUCACAGGGUACGUGAGUUAUUUAACCAAGAUAGAGCUACAAAUUUUCAAGAAGCUGUUAAUGAAUGAGCAGAUCCGGCUGGACUCUCUCAGCAUCACCUGGGAGCAGCUAGGCAGAGUCAGCUUGGCAGAGAUAGUUCAUCUCUCAACAGAAUUCCUUCCUGGGGCCAUCUUGCCAUGUCUCUUUCUACCCAGGAGUGACCAGGGGAGACAGCCUAAAACUGUAGUAAUCCAUGGAUUUCCUGGUAUUGGAAAAACAACCCUGGCCAGAAAGAUGAUGGUGAUGUGGGCACGCAACGAGUUCUACUCACACAAAUUGAAGUAUGCUUUCUAUUUCCAUUGCCAAGAACUGAGCUGGGAGGGAGAGCACAACUUCUCUGAGUUGAUUAGGGGCCAAAGGCAUAGGCUUCAGGCUCUCAUGUCUAGGAUUUUAUCCAGACCAGAUCAACUUCUGGUCCUGUUUGAUGGCUUUGAGGAAUGCCCAUCUUCCCUCAUCACAGGACCAGCUGGACUGAUGGAAGACUGGAACCAGAAGGUGCCUGGGUCUGUUCUCCUAAGCAGUUUGCUAAACAAAAGGAUGUUUCCAGAAGCCACAUUCCUAAUCAUGGUGAGACUAACCUCCAAGUCACUCAACUUCCUGGAGACUCCAUUCAUGCAGAAAUUCACCAUGGCCCUGAAGCAGCCCCAUCGUAAACUGCCAAGACUAAGGCUGGAGAACUCCAAAGAUAACUUGCACUUGAAGGAUCUCAUCAAGAUGCUGGCACAGUCUUCAUUUGAAAGACCAGGUGACAUGGAAGGGAUAUUUGCCUUCUGUCUCAGGCACAGUAAGGUGCUGACCCACCUGAGCCUGGCAGAGAACAACUUGAAGGACUCAAGGUCAAGGCAUAUCUGGAAAGAUUUAGAACAUCUAAUGUGUCCUUUGCAGAUACUGGUGCUGAGGCAGUGUUCUUUGACUUCAGCUUGCUGUGAAUAUAUGAUGUCAGCUCUCAAGAACAACAAAAGCCUGAGAAGUCUGGAUCUGAGUCACAAUAGGUUGAGGGACCAUGGGGUCAUUCUAACCUGUGAUGCUCUGGCAGAUGCUGAUUGCAAUGUGUUAAUUCUGGAGCUGGAACAGUGUGGGUCCACCUCCAUCUCUUGCCUAGCUCUGGUGGCAUCCGUGCUCCAUAGCCACAGAAAGCUGAUACAUCUAGACCUGAGCAAGAAUGUCACUGGAAUCAAUGGCAUACUGACCUUGAGCCUGGCAUUCUUGCUGGCCAAGACUUCUCUAGGAAUUCUCAUGCUGUUUGCAACUGCACAGCUGUGCAUCACUGAAUUGAAGCUGCAACAGCAGCAGGAGGUGCUGUGA